GGGCGCUAGUGAGCGAGUUGAGUACGCGAGAGGAUGUCGGAUGGGAUGGAGUGUAUUGGAGGAACUGUCUGUUAAAUCUGCUAAAACAUAAAACAGCUCAGUCUUCCGGCAUUCACUGAAGAAGAAAGGAGUUUUGUAUCACUUGUAAAGCGGUUUGCUUCGGCUCGUGUGUUUGGUCCGCGGUGCGCGGAGCCGGAUGUCGGCGCACGAAGGCGGACGCUAGAGAGACUGGAGACGGGCUCGGCAGCUACACGUCGGGGAUGUUAUCGGUACUCUCCUAUGGCAGGAUCGUGGCCAGGGCUGUCCUGGGCGGACUCUCGCAGACGGACGGCAGAGAUUACAGCCUGGUCACGGCCAGCUGCGGCUUCGGGAAGGACUUUCGGAAAGGGAUCCUGAAGAAGGGCAUGUGUUACGGAGACGAUGCCUGUUUCAUCGCCCGGCACAAGUCCGCAGAUGUCUUAGGUGUUGCGGAUGGUGUCGGGGGCUGGAGGGAUUACGGCGUGGACCCGUCCCAGUUCUCUGCCACCCUGAUGAGGACGUGUGAACGGCUCGUGAAGGAGGGCCGCUUCACUCCCAGCAGCCCCGUGGGCAUCCUGACCUCCGGCUACUAUGAACUCCUGCAGAACAAAGUACCGCUGCUGGGGAGUAGCACAGCUUGUAUAGUCGUUCUGGAUCGUCGGAGUCACAGGGUACACACCUGUAAUCUGGGAGACUCGGGCUUCUUGGUGGUCCGGGGUGGAGAGGUGGUCCAUCGGUCAGACGAACAGCAACACUACUUCAACACACCCUUCCAGCUGUCCAUAGCCCCGCCGGGAGCAGAGGGCCUGUUGUUGAGUGACAGUCCUGAAGUGGCAGAUAGCGCCUCCUUUGAUGUCCAGUUAGGGGACAUUAUCUUAACAGCUACUGAUGGCCUCUUUGACAACAUGCCUGACUACAUGAUCCUGCAAGAACUCAAGAAACUCAAGAACACCAAUUAUGAUAGUAUCCAGCAGACUGCCCGCAGCAUCGCUGAACAGGCCCACGAGUUGGCCUAUGACCCCAACUACAUGUCCCCUUUCGCCCAGUUUGCCUGUGACAAUGGGUUGAAUGUAAGAGGGGGGAAGCCUGAUGACAUCACAGUGCUUCUGUCCAUCGUGGCAGAAUAUACAGACUGAGCGCGCCCAGUGGAGCUCGCUCUUCUCUUACACCCGUGUCUUCCACCACUGCCCUCUUGCACUGCUCCCCAUCUCAGAUCUCCUAGAACCCCUUUCCAUUCUUCCACUUCUCGAGUAGUUCUCCACUCAACCCAGGGAGGAGAAUAGUGUGAACUCGUUGGCCCGGGUGGUGAUGCAAGCGGUACAAACAGUCCAAAAUUGAUGUCCUCACUUGUGUCCAAAAGGAUUUUGGGAAUCUUCAACCCGUGUUGUGAAUUUGAGUCAUUUCUAGUUUUCCAAAGGGGGAGGACAGCCAUGCAUUACCCUCAAAAAAGUGGUUUCUUUGUGGAGAAGCUGUUAUAUUCACUCGUGUAGUUUGUGCAAAUGAAAAGUUGUUGUUAAAUGCUUGGUUGUCUAUGUCUUGAGAGAGAAUCUAAAGUCUCUGAAGUCUAUAUGAGCUGGAGUGCCUCUGUGUUUGUGUGUGUACGUGUAUAACGUGUCCCGUUUGGUUGUCGGUUAACUUUGGUUAAGCUGUAACAGAAAGGUAGGUUAAAGUUCAGAAGGAGGCCUGGCUAGAUUUAAAACUGUUGGGAAAUGCAAGUGCUUUAGGAUGUGCUGGCUAGUUCUGUUCUAGUUAGACAACCUUCACCUACACUGUCACUUUGUGAGGUCUCGGAUGAUGGAUUGCAGGUUCAAAGGCAUGAAGGAGAUUGGCUAUGAAUGCAUAGCUUGUGUUUGGUUAUAUACGAUAGAAACUAAACUGCACAGACAUCAAAGACUUAGUCAGGGUCGUGCCAUAUUUAAGUUUUCACAUGAAUGAAAAUAAGGCUGUGAGGGACCGUAGUACAGCCCUUUUAGAGCGUUGUACUGUUGUUUAACUGCAUAUUGAUAAAGUCUUUUCGAAAAACAUUCAAUAGACUGCAAAAACUCCAUAAAACAGUUUUCAAAGUUGGGAUUUGGUGAAAAUGACCUACCGUAUUUUCCGGACUAUAAGUCGCACUUUUUUUUCAAAGUUUGGCUGGUCCUGCGACUUAUUUAUCAAAAUUAAUUUGACAUGAACCGAGAGAAAUGAACCAAGACUGAUGCCACUUAUACUUAGGUGCGACUUAUAGUCCGAAAAAUACGGUAAUCUAGGACCUAUAUUGCAUGCCUUUGUAAAAUCCUCGUUUUCAAUAUGGCGUCAAACCUGAAGAAAGGUCUGUACCAGAGAAUGUCACAAUCCGCUGAUAGACAGAUACACUUGUUCAUGGGAUGCUGGAUGUUGACUUUGAAUGCGUGUUGGAUGUAUAUUUACAUGACUUCACCUCUCGACCCUUAGAGUUUGAAAGUCUACACGCACAACUGACUAGCAUCUGCCAAUGCUUUUCAUGAAUUGAAAGGUCAGGUAUAUAAAUAAAUGUUUUAUUUUUAUAAAUAUUUAGCUUAAGAUUAAACCGAAUGCAGAAAUUAGGGAAUUUUGGCGUUUUCUGUGCUCCCUAGCGAGGUUUGGGUUAUUUUUUUAACUGAUUGAAGGGUAUCUAACGCUUUUUGUUUAUUUAGAUUGGUCCUAGAGAACUUUUUCCACAUUCAUGUGCUGCUUUAAUUUUCUAAAUUAUAAAUGUGUGAGUGACUACAUUAUUUAUAUGAAUGUUUUUACCUGUACAAUAAAAAAAAAUGGGUUAGCUGAGGGUGAUUUUAUUUCACGAAAGUGACAAUUCCUGUAGACCAUUAAGUGUGAUUGGCUUGCAGUCUUUGGAUAAAAUGAAACACAGAUUCUAUGAAAAACAUCAACUAUACAUAAUAGUAAUAUUUUUGUCCAGUUUAUCGAGAUAAAAACUAAGAAGUACAGAUAUUUAAAAUUGUCUUUUUAGUUUUGUUUCUCCAAUAUCUGUGAAAUAUUGUGCAUGCCCAGGAUGGCAAACCUUAGUCAAGUAUGCAUUCAAUUGGGUAAAAAUGACUGAUAUGUGUAUAGUCCAUGAAUAAAUGUGACUUCAUAUUGAAAUGCUGUGUAACUAAACAUGGAACUCGAUGUUUUGUGAGGUUUGCCAUCCUGAUAUGUCCCACAAAGGCAUGGCUUUACAGACAGAGAGGACUAUAAUCAAGUCCUCAGUUGUGCCUGCAACACAAUUUGACCAGAACUGUGGUUUCUUAUUACAUGUAAUGUCUUGUGGGUUGUGGUCAUGUUGGAAUCACCAUCUCGAUUCACAUUGUGUAAUCGGUAAAGAAAACCAAAGCGCGAAAGCCAUAAGACAAUUAUGACCAAUCUUUUCUCAAUGUCAUCUACAAAGGCCGCAGAUGAAUUGAUAAAUGUUGAGAGUAUCUGCCAGAACCACCAUCGUGUCCCAUGUCUGCUUUUCUUUAUAAAUAAUGGAAUGGAAAUCAACGAAGCCAGUCAUGUCUAAUGGUUGAGAUUGACAGUUGUGUACUUGACAAUUAAAAAUGUGAUCUAGGUCGAAAAUGUUUUAGCUGUCUUUUUAUUUUAGUCAGUGGUGAUGUGUGUGAUAUCAGCGCCUCUAGAGGCAGCAAAUGGAAUUGCCCUUUCCCCCUUUUUUUAACGGUUUGUUUGAGUAAUGACAGUGUUUGGCUUUGUUCAGGUGGGCAAUAAGAAUUGGGCUUAUUUAUUUUGGAUAAGGAAAGUCAUAAAUAAUAAUAAUAAUAAACCGUUAUUAGGAACACCCAAACAUGUAAAUUAUAAAUAGAUAAUUAAAAAUAAAACUGAUCUAAAGAAGUCAUUUUUGGAUUUGUUUGAAUACGUCUCAGUGUGAACGUAACACAUGGAACAUACAAAAGAAAAAUGUGAUGUCAAGUUUUCGAAUUUAUGUCUUCUCUUUACAUUGACAGCUACUUUCAAUUGUUGUAUUUGAAGUUUAUAUUGGGAUUGCAAGUGAUAACACUGGAUAUUGAUUGUUUGUAUACACUGAUAUGACUUCUUCACUUACAAAAUGCUGGUGCGAGAAAAAAAA